AUGCUCUAUCUCCGUUUUGGUUUAGGCCGGCAUGCUGUGGUAGUCGCACAGGAGGACCCGCAGAACCUUUCUCGCUUUCUCCAGACCAUUGUUGCAAACGAGAUUGUCUACACGACAGGGCUGGCUUGCGCAAGACUCUCCAUCGUAUUCUUAUACUAUCGCAUCUUUGGAACAUCGAACAUGAGGUAUUUCUUGCAUGGAUUUACAGCCAUCAUCAUCGCCUGGACUAUCGGUACUUUUAUCCCAUCUAUCCGAACCUGCUGGCCAAUCAGUAGUUUCUGGGACGGAACGAAUCAGAACUGCAUUGACCUUCACGGCUUUUAUGUUGGUGUCGCAGUCGGCAGUAUUGUGACCGAUUUCGGGCUUAUGGUGUUGCCCAUGCCAUACAUUUGGAACCUGAAAGUUCCCAUGUUUCAGAAAAUUCUACUGGCAUUGACCAUGGUCUUCGGCGGGUUCGCGUGUUUUGUCACGAUCUUCCGUCUUGCCAUUGUUGUCUCUUUGGACCUGUCUGACCUUACUUGGAACACGGUGGACCAGAUUAUUUGGACGACCCUGGAGUUGUUUUGGUAA